AUUGUGAAUAAAAUUAAAUCAUCACAAAUCAUUUUAAAAGUUUACAAGUAGUAGUGGUUAAAAACAAAGUUGAUCAAAUCUGCUUAAAAGAUAAAAUGGAAUAUUUGAUUUUUGUUAUCAGCAUAGUUUUUUUACACGUAUUUUCAGAAGUAAGCACUACUGAAGCUAUAACAACAACUUUAUCAGCAUCGUGGGAAACUUUAACAGUUAGUAAUUGGGCCGAUCAAACAAGCACUGCAACUGUUACAUUAGCUGAUAACUCAUUUGCAAUUAUUGCUGCAACAAAAACAGCAGAAGCACUAAAUAUUGAUGCAACAACAUCAAGUUUAAUUGUUUCAGGAGCAACAAAAGCUGGAUGUGGCACAUGCAAUGAAAAUGCUCAAUGUGUGACUUCUACAAAUGGUGUUGAAAGUUGUGUUUGCUAUAGUGGAUACCUUGGUGAUGGAUACACAUGCUCAGAUUAUAAUGAAUGUAACAGUUCAUAUCCUCCAUGUUCUUGGACUAAUGGAGUGUGUCAAAAUACAUUUGGUAGUUUUUUGUGCUCAUGUAAAACUGGAUGGGUUUUAGAUGUAAAUAACUCUAGUUGCAUUGGUAGUUACCGUGCUUUGAGUACUUGGAGUACUUGGAGUGCUUGGAGUGAUUGGAGUGUUUGUUCAGCAUCAUGUCUGACUACUUCUGCUAUUCAAAGUCGCAGCAGGAUUUGUGAAGGUGAUACUUUAGGUGGGGGUUGUGUUGGCCAAAGUUAUGAAUCUAGUCCAUGUACAUAUAUUUUACCUUGUCCAGGUAAUUUGACUGAUUGGAGUCAGUGGAGUGCAUGUUCUAGUACUUGUAAGACUAUCAGUGAUGGACCUUACCAGUACAGGAACAGGUCUUGUGUUGGUUAUUCUACUUGGAAUAUUCAGGAUUUACCUUGUAACGGCAGCAAUAUAACUGAUCAACAAUAUUGCAAUCAAAAUGUACCUUGUUUAGGUAAUUAUAGUGCUUGGAGUAAUUGGAGUAUUUGUUCAGCAUCAUGUCAGCUUAUGUCUCAAGAUUUUCCAAUUCAAUUUCGCAGUAGGAUUUGUGAAGGUGAUACUUUAGGUGGGGGUUGUUUGGGCCCAAGUAAUGAGUCUAUACCAUGUAACAAUAAUAUAUCUUGUCCAGGUAAUUUGACUGAUUGGAGUCAGUGGAGUACAUGCUCUAGUACUUGUAAGACUAUCAGUGUUGGACCUUACCAGUACAGGAACAGGUCUUGUGUUGGUUAUUCUACAUGGAAUGUUAAGGAUGUACCCUGUAAUGGCAGCAAUAUAUCUGAUCAGCAAUUUUGCAAUCAAAAUAUUCCCUGCUUAGGUAAUUACAGUGCUUGGAGUGAUUGGAGUGUUUGUUCAGCAUCAUGUCGGAUUACUUAUCAAGAACUUCCAUUUCAAAGUCGUCGCAGGAUUUGUGAAGGUGAUACUUUAGGCGGGGGUUGUGUCGGCGAAAGUUAUGAAUCUGGGCCAUGUAAUUAUAAUACACCUUGUCCAGGUAAUUUGACUGAUUGGAGUCAGUGGAGUGCAUGUUCUAGUACAUGUAAGACUAUCAGUGAUGGACCUUACCAGUACAGGAACAGGUCUUGUGUUGAUUAUUCUACUUGGAAUAUUCAGGAUUUACCUUGUAAUGGCAGCAAUAUAACUGAUCAACAGUUUUGCAAUCAAAACAUACCUUGUUUAGGUAAUUAUAGUGCUUGGAGUAAUUGGAGUAUUUGUUCAGCAUCAUGUCAGCUUACAUCUCAAGAUUUUCCAAUUCAAUUUCGCAGUAGAAUUUGUGAAGGUGAUACUUUAGGUGGGGGUUGUUUGGGCCCAAGUAAUGAGUCUAUACCAUGUAACAAUAAUAUAUCUUGUCCAGGUAAUUUGACUGAUUGGAGUCAGUGGAGUACAUGCUCUAGUACUUGUAAGACUAUCAGUGUUGGACCUUACCAGUACAGGAACAGGUCUUGUGUUGGUUAUUCUACAUGGAAUGUUAAGGAUGUACCCUGUAAUGGCAGCAAUAUAUCUGACCAGCAAUUUUGCAAUCAAAAUAUUCCCUGCUUAGGUAAUUACAGUGCUUGGAGUGAUUGGAGUAUUUGUUCAGCAUCAUGUCGGAUUACUAAUCAAGAAUUUCCAUUUCAAAGUCGCCGCAGGAUUUGUGAAGGUGAUACUUUAGGCGGGGGUUGUAUCGGCGAAAGUUAUGAAUCUGGGCCAUGUAAUUAUAAUACACCUUGUCCAGGUGAUUUGACUGAUUGGAGUCAGUGGAGUGCAUGUUCUAGUACUUGUAAGACUAUAAGUGAUGGACCUUACCAGUACAGAAACAGGUCUUGUGUUGGUUAUUCUACUUGGAAUAUUCAGGAUUUGCCUUGUAAUGGCAGCAAUAUAACUGAUCAACAAUUUUGCAAUCAAAUUAUACCUUGUUUAGGUAAUUAUAGUGCUUGGAGUAAUUGGAGUAUUUGUUCAGCAUCAUGUCAGCUUACAUCUCAAGAUUUUCCAAUGCAAUUUCGCAGUAGAAUUUGUGAAGGUGAUACUUUAGGUGGGGGUUGUUUGGGCCCAAGUAAUGAGUCUAUACCAUGUAACAAUAAUAUAUCUUGUCCAGGUAAUUUGACUGAUUGGAGUCAGUGGAGUGCAUGUUCUAGUACUUGUAAGACUAUCAGUGAUGGACCUUACCAGUUCAGGAACAGGUCUUGUGUUGGUUAUUCUACUUGGAAUAUUCAGGAUUUGCCUUGUAAUGGCAGCAAUAUAACUGAUCAACAAUUUUGCAAUCAAAUUAUACCUUGUUUAGGUAAUUAUAGUGCUUGGAGUGAUUGGAGUAUUUGUUCAGCAUCUUGUCAGCUUACUUCUCAAGAUUUUCCAAUUCAAUCUCGCAGUAGGAUUUGUGAAGGUGAUACUUUAGGUGGGGGUUGUUUGGGCCCAAGUAAUGAGUCUAGACCAUGUAACAAUAAUAUAUCUUGUCCAGGUAAUUUGACUGAUUGGAGUCAGUGGAGUACAUGCUCUAGUACUUGUAAGACUAUCAGUGUUGGACCUUACCAGUACAGGAAGAGAUCUUGUGUUGGUUAUUCUACUUGGAAUGUUAGGGAUGUUCCCUGUAAUGGCAACAAUACAUCUGAUCAACAAUUAUGCAAUCAAAAUGUACCUUGUUUAGGUAAUUAUAGUGCUUGGAGUGAUUGGAGUAUUUGUUCAGCAUCUUGUCAGCUUACUUCUCAAGAUUUUCCAAUUCAAUCUCGCAGUAGGAUUUGUGAAGGUGAUACUUUAGGUGGGGGUUGUUUGGGCCCAAGUAAUGAGUCUAGACCAUGUAACAAUAAUAUAUCUUGUCCAGGUAAUUUGACUGAUUGGAGUCAGUGGAGUACAUGCUCUAGUACUUGUAAGACUAUCAGUGUUGGACCUUACCAGUACAGGAAGAGAUCUUGUGUUGGUUAUUCUACUUGGAAUGUUAGGGAUGUUCCCUGUAAUGGCAACAAUACAUCUGAUCAACAAUUAUGCAAUCAAAAUGUACCUUGUUUAGGUAAUUAUAGUGUUUGGAGUGAUUGGAGUGCAUGUUCAGCAUCAUGUCAGCUUACUUUUCAAGAUUUUCCAAUUCAAUCUCGCAGUAGGAUUUGUGAAGGUGAUACUUUAGGUGGGGGUUGUGUUGGCCCAAGUUAUGAAUCUAUACCAUGUAACAAUAUAUCUUGUCCAGGAAACUUAACUGAUUGGAGUCAAUGGGGUGCAUGUUCUAGCACUUGCAAGAUUGCUGGCAAUGGACCUUAUCAAUAUAGAAAUAGAUCUUGUGUUGGAUAUUCGACAUGGAAUGCUACUUAUGUAGGCUGUAAUGGCAGUAAUACAUCUGAUCAACAACUUUGUAAUCAAAUUAUCCCUUGUUUAGGUAAUUAUAGUGCCUGGAGUGAUUGGAGUAGCUGUUCAGCAUCAUGUCAAUUUAACUCUAGUGUUUCUCCAUUUCAAAGUCACAGUAGGAUCUGUCAAGGUGAUACAUUAGGUGGAGGUUGUGUUGGCCCCAGUUAUGAAACAAAGCAAUGUAGUUUUGGAAUACUUUGUCCAGGAAAUUUAACUGAUUGGGGCCAAUGGAGUGCAUGUUCUGAUUCUUGUAACACUAUUGGUGAUGGACCUUACCAGUAUAGAAACAGGUCUUGCAUUGGAUAUUCUACGUGGGAUGCUAAGUAUAUAGGUUGCAAUGGCAGCAAUACAUCUGAUCAACAACUCUGUAAUCAAAUUAUACCUUGUUUAGGUAAUUAUAGUGCUUGGAGUGAUUGGAGUAGUUGCUCAGCAACAUGUCAAAUUAACUCUAAUGUUUCUCCGUUUCGAACUCACAGUAGGGUCUGUGAAGGUGAUACAUUAGAUGGAGGUUGUAUUGGCUCAAGUAAUGAAACUCAGCCUUGCAAUUCUAGAGUAUCUUGUCCAGGUGUUUUAAGUAGUUGGAAUACAUGGGGAGUAUGUUCACAAAGCUGUCAUCAAAGUUAUGAUUUACCUAUGCAAAGUAGAAGUCGCUUAUGUGAAGCCUCUAGUUUUGGUGGUAAUUGUAAUGGAUCUAUACUCAUACAAACACGUACUUGCAACAUUUUUGUAAACUGUCCAGGCUUUAGCUGUGCAACUGCCAAUUUUUUUAUAUCUGGUAGUCAGUGGACUGAUCAGCUCUCCAACAAAUCAAGUGUAGAAUAUAAAGAAUUGUUAAAUCAAUUACUUAGUCAGUUUGAAAAAAAUUUUACAUCAGAAAAGUUUACAAAUGAACUAUAUUUUCAAGAUGUUCAAUUUUAUAGAAAUACAAAUAUUGGUGUGAUUGUGAGAUUUACUUACAAAGCACAAAUGGGAAAUACAAUUGAGAAUUGUGAAAAAUUAAUUAACUUUAAAUUGGGAUCUAAUUUACUUGGUGUUUCAAUUAAACCUUGUGAUUGCUGCAUUAACCAAACAGUUGGGCAAGAAAAUUUAAGAGGAGUGUAUACAUUUCCAUUUACUAUAGUUAACAAUAUAUUAACAACAAUGUGUGCAUACAAUUCCAGUAUUACUUUUCAAACACAAUGUUUGAUCAAUAACGUUACUUAUUUACCUGAGUUGGUGUUUGCAUCUCUUAAUAGCUGUCCAUUAUAUUCCCCGACUACUUAUCAACUUAUCAAUACAGCUAAUCUUAAUGUAACAAUAGCAAAUAUUUUGAACGUUACAAAGGAAUUAAAUAGCAUUAUUCAAAAUGGUAACCUAACAUCCAAUUUUGAUAUUAAAUUGAUUUCAACCAUUUUAAGGAAUAUUAUUAGUGUCAACUCUUCUUCAGAAAAUGUAACCAAUGGUGUUUUAUCAUCAAUUAAUAGCUUGUUAAGUUCAAAUUCAAGUUUAAUUCAAAGUGCAAAUCAGAUUUAUAAUUCAUCCACUGAGUUUUUAGUUUUAUUAGAUGUUUUGGGAAAGCAGCAGAGUAAUAAUGUUAGUAUAUCAUUAAAAAACUUAGGGUUGACAUCAUAUUCAAUCAAACCAAAUGGUAAUCCUGUUUAUGUUUAUUCUACAGAAUACAAUGAUAAAGUUGGUGUUAACAUAUCAAGUGAUGAUUUUGAUGAUGAGUUAGAAGAGUUUAACAAUUAUAUAGUCCUUCCUUCACAAUUGUUUAUGGGUGAAAAUAAAGUUCAAGUUUAUUCAUAUAUUUACAAAGAGAGUUCUUUUUUCACAGAAGUAAAUAAAACCAUAGAAAGUCUCAUUCUUUCUGCUUCUUUAAAUGGCAUUGAUGUUAAAGACUCCAGCAGUUUAAUUGAUAUAAAGUUUUCCAAGCUUUCAGGUGUUUCAGAGACUGAAAAAUCAGGCAGCGUAACUUGUAGUUUUUAUAAAGUAAAAGAAAAAACCUGGUCUUCUGAUGGAUGCAAUAUUGUCCGUAUGUCUUCCAUGGAGAUAAUAUGUCAAUGCAAUCAUUUAACAAACUUUGCAAAAAUAUUAAAUGUUUAUCAGUCAAAUGAAGAAUCACUUGGUCUUGAAGUUGUUACAUGGAUUGGUUGCGGAUUAUCAAUUGCGGGAUUAGUUCUUACAAUUGUUAGCUAUUCUGCUUUUCCCUCAUUGCGGCAGAAACUGGCUCCAAAAAUUCUUAUUAUUUUGUGUACAAACUUAUUGUGCACUCUUGUUUUAUUCCUUGCUUUGGUAUCAAAAACAGAACCUCGUGGUUUGUGUCAGACUGUUGCUUCAUUGUUGCAGUUUUUUAUUUUGUCAACAUUCUUCUGGAUGGCAAUAGAAGGAUUUAAUUUAUAUAAAAUGUUUGUAAAAGUGUUUGGUGGAUCAUCUGACUCCAAUAAAUUUUUGCUAAAAGCAUCAGCGUUUGGAUGGGGUAUACCACUAAUAUUUACAAUUGCGACUGCAGUAAGUAAACCUGAUUACUUGGGCCCUGGUCCAGGUACAAUCUCUGAAAAAGACUCAAAGUUGUGUGUUGUUCGUGGUUUUUCAUUUUAUUUUGGUAUACUUUUACCUGUCUGCAUAGUAAUGGCAUUUAAUAUUGUAAUACUUUUAUUAACUAUCAGAGGUAUUGAUAGCAAUGCUAGUCUGCAGAAUAAGAUGAAGAGCAUAAAGAAAGUUCGAAUUGCUUUUGCAUGCUCCUUAUUGCUUGGCACAACUUGGUUAUUUGCAAUUUUAGCUGUAGGAAAACUUAAAGUUGCAUUUCAAUGGUUGUUUUGUAUUUUUAAUUCUCUUCAAGGUUUCUUUAUAUUUCUGUUCUAUACUCUUGAUAAUAAAAAAGUUAAAGAACAAUGGGUGUCAUUUUUGUAUGAAAAAUGUGGCUGGAGGUCAAAAUCGUUUGAGAUAACAAACGUGAAACAAAUUAAUACAGAUUCGGGAAAUUCUACAUUGACAUUGCAAAUGAAUACAUUAUAAAAUACUAGCUAGUAUGUAUUACCAGUUCUACGCUUCACUAAUUUCUUCUGCUAAUUCCGUUUUAAAAUUUGCGAUAUAUUUAGCAUAGUAAGGAUUAUUUUGAGAAAUUUGCGAUAAAUUAAGCUUAUAAAUCGCUUUGUUACAUCUAUAUAUGAUCACGAAACAAUGAUGUUGAGAGAUUAAACAGUUUUCUUCUUGAACUGAAAACCUUUAUUCAACUGUUUUUAUUUUUCAUAUUAUUAGGUGUGUUAAAGUGCUACUUUUAUAUGUAGUUUAGUUAAU